AAAAAACGUGAAGAAGAGGAGCGUAGAGAGGCAAAACGUCGGGAAGAGGAGGAGCGAAAGGAAGCCAAGCGACGAGAGGAAGAGAUAAAAGAUGGUAUGACCUUGGCUCCGAUUCAGAGGCGUGCUGUCCUCCAGUUGGAGGACGAUAUUCUGGAGCAAAGACCUGAGUACCUGGUGCAGCCCUUCCCCGAGAACUCGUUACUCAAUUGUGGUGGAAGUAGAUGGAGUGGCACGACUGAGAGCCGAUUAGAGAAUUGUAACUUGAAACUUGCUGUCCCAUGCGAGCAAAACUUGUUCCAAUUCCACGACAACUACCGUCCACCGUACUACGGGACUUGGAGAACGCGAAGUGCUACGAUUACAGGACGUCGUCCAUUCACUACAAAGGAGGAGAAUAUCGACUACGAAGUGGACUCGGAUGCUGAAUGGGAAGAGGAGCCUUCAGAUGCUGAAGAGUGCAAAUCAGAUGAAGAG